GAUGGUUGCUAUGGUCGAAAUGUCUCCUUAACAACCACAGUGAAGGUGUGCUAAACUUCGUUUUUGUGCAGAACGUGGGGCUAUGGACACAGCCGAGAGCAAGAAAGAAGAAGCGGACUACAAGAGACUGCACAGUUUCCCUCUGAUAAGGCACACAGACAUGCCAGAAGAGAUGAGAGUGGAAACUAUGGAGCUGUGUGUUACAGCAUGUGAGAAGUUUGCCACCAAUAAUGAGAGUGCGGCUAAGAUGAUAAAGGAGUCUAUGGAUAAGAAGUUUGGGAGCUCUUGGCAUGUUGUGAUAGGGGAGGGCUUUGGUUUUGAGAUCACACAUGAAGUGAAGAACUUGCUCUACAUGUUCUUUGGUGGCAGUCUGGCCGUGUGUGUGUGGAAGUGCUCUUAGCUUUAGCCUCCUUUGACAGGACCACUACACAAAAGAACAAAAUUCUCUAUUAUGGCCUCCACUAAUACUUCUCUGUAUGUGUAUGAGUGAAUGAAUGUGUUAAUGAGUGAGAGAGAGUGAAGGCUUGAUACUUUUUUUCUUCAGGUAUCACACACACACACACUGACACAAAAGCAAAUUCCUCUUCCAAAAUUCAUCUGGUUGCAAGAUUUUGCUCUCUUGGCUACCUGUGCACAUCUUUUAAAGUCACUCUUCUAUCUCUUGUGAUUGGACCAUCCAUCCCUCUACAACUCUCUCUUUCUCUCUCUGUCUCUUACUGUCUCUCUCCCCCACUCUCAAUUUCUUGACCCUCACAACAUCAACUUCCAGAUUUUCCUUUGUCCUUCCACAGCUCUGUGACACCUACUUCAUAUA